AUGAUGAAGAAAUGUCAGCACCGGUACACGAUGACGUGCCUGAAACUGGACCUGAUCGACUGGCUGGGCACGGCUUUUCAGCUGGUUCCUGGAGUGUCGCUCGUCCGGGCUGCAGACGGCAACCAGACGACGGUCACCGGCGACGGCGGUGGAGGCGGUCACCAUUAUCAACAGAACCAGCACCAUCACCAGCAUCACCAUCACGGCGGCAUACCUCCGGACGUGGUCAGGUCGCUGGUCCGGGGCAACGAUUCGGCCGAUGAGCUGGAUGGGUACCUGAUGGAAAAAGCCGACGCGUACCCUCAACAUACUGCCCACCGGAUUGCUGGAGACAGGUAA